GCGUUUACAAUGACUUUGUAACUUUUUUUAGAACAAUUUCAAAUACAUUACACUGUUUCAGAUUCGCUAAUUUAAAAGUCGUUAUAUUAGGUCAAGAUCCCUAUCAUGGAAUUGGUCAAGCGAUGGGAUUAGCAUUCUCGGUCCCUCCAGACCUGAAACGGUUGCCUCCAAGUUUAGUUAAUAUUUAUAAAGAAGUAGUACAAGAUACAACGCAAAAACCACUGCAUGGAGAUCUAACAUGCUGGGCAACUCAAGGUGUUUUACUAUUGAACUCAAUAUUAACUGUUCGUAAAGGUGCUCCAAUGUCACAUAAACAUUAUGGCUGGGAACAAUUCACGGACAAUGUUUUAAAAAUCAUCAACAAAAAUACUACAAAUACAGUGUUUCUUUUAUGGGGAAAACCGGCUCAAAAAAAGGUUAUCUUUAUAGACUCCAAUAAGCAUUAUGUCUUGACAGCAGGUCAUCCAUCACCUUUAUCUUGGAGAUACUUUCGAGGGUGUCAACAUUUUUCAAAAACUAACGACUAUUUAAGAUCAGUUGGAAAACAAUGUGUUAACUGGAUGCAGCCGUGGAAAUCAAAUGGAUCAUGAGAACAUUCAAAUCACCUGGAAUCACACGUGCUUUUGUGAUACAAUUUAGACUUUUUAAAAAAUAUACACAUGAGUUUUAGUCAUUAUGCUGAGAGUAUUAAAAUUCAUUGAUUCUAAUAAUUAUCUUAACCUUUCAAGCAGUAAAGUUAUUAAGAUUCUGUUUCACCGGCUAAAUAGUUUCUUAAGAUCUCAUUUUAGAGCUAACAAUAAUGUAUUUUACUAUAGUGUCAUACAUUCGAACGAAUAAAAAGCUCUAUAAAAAAAAUAUCUUAUUUAACGAAUUUGCAACGUA